CCGGCCACUCCGCAGACAGCAGCCGCACAGGCGGACACGAGCCGCGCAGGUCCUCGCGAUGCCCGUCGGAUAUUAAGCCGCCUGGCUCACUCCAUGAUAAGGACACGUUAAAAUACCCCCUUCCCACCUCAGCAACAAACUUUGGCUCUUACGGGUGCCCGAGAGAAAGACAUCUAGAUUUUGGAGUAAAGCGCAUCCUCGAGCGCAGCGCAGCUAUAAGAGGAUUGCUGGAUCCCAGUAAACUGCAACGCCGCGAAGUGUGUUUAGACGGGAAAAAUGUCAUUGUCUGGAAAAGAAAACAGCACAGCCCCACAUGCCAAUUACGUGGGACCCUAUCGCUUAGAAAAGACUCUCGGAAAAGGACAGACAGGUCUUGUAAAGCUCGGCGUGCACUGUGUCACGUGUCAGAAAGUCGCCAUAAAGAUCGUAAAUCGAGAAAAGCUCAGCGAAUCUGUGUUGAUGAAGGUGGAGAGAGAGAUCGCCAUUCUGAAGCUAAUAGAACACCCACAUGUUUUAAAGUUGCACGACGUCUACGAAAACAAGAAAUAUUUGUAUUUGGUCUUAGAGCAUGUGUCUGGUGGGGAGCUGUUCGACUAUCUGGUAAAGAAGGGCAGGCUGACACCCAAAGAAGCUAGAAAAUUCUUCAGACAGAUCAUCUCAGCUUUAGACUUCUGCCACAGUCAUUCGAUAUGUCACAGGGAUCUGAAGCCAGAAAACCUGUUGCUGGACGAGAAGAACAACAUUAGGGUAGCAGAUUUCGGCAUGGCGUCCCUGCAGGUGGGCGACAGUCUGCUGGAGACCAGCUGUGGGUCUCCUCAUUACGCUUGUCCUGAAGUCAUCAGAGGUGAGAAAUAUGAUGGAAGGAAAGCAGACGUUUGGAGCUGUGGGGUCAUUUUGUUUGCUCUGUUAGUGGGAGCGCUGCCGUUUGAUGACGAUAAUUUACGAAACUUGUUAGAGAAAGUGAAGCUGGGCGUGUUUCAUAUGCCUCAUUUCAUUCCGCCGGACUGCCAGAACCUUCUGCGAGGAAUGAUCGAGGUCGAUGCCGGCAAACGGUUAACGUUGGAGUUGAUCCAGAAGCACACGUGGUACAUAGGAGGCAAGAACGAACCGGAACCCGAGCAGCCGGUUCCCAGGAAAGUAGCGAUUCGCAGCGUUCCCUCAGCGGAUGACAUCGAUCCAGACGUACUGGAUAGCAUGCACUCGCUAGGGUGCUUUCGUGACAAGAACAAACUGAUGAAGGAUCUGCUGUCAGACGAUGAAAAUCAGGAGAAGAUGAUCUAUUUUCUUCUGUUGGAUCGUAAGGAGAGAUACCCAAGCCAUGAGGACCAGAACCUCCCACCACGCAAUGAUAUCGAUCCGCCUCGGAAGCGUGUGGAUUCACCCAUGUUGAACAGGCACGGCAAGAGGAGGCCGGAGAGAAAGUCAAUGGAGGUGCUGAGCGUUACAGAAGGAGGUUCACCCGUACCUGCCCGAAGAGCCAUCGAUAUGACGCAACAUGGACAGAGGUCACGGUCCAUCAGCGGCGCGUCCUCUGGUCUCUCCACCAGUCCCCUCAGCAGCCCACGGGUGACACCCCACCCCUCUCCAAGAGGCAGCCCUAUCCCCACCCCCAAAGGAACGCCGGUACACACGCCUAAGGACAGCCCAUCGGGGACACCCAGCCCUACGCCGCCCCCCAGCCCCUCUAUUGGGGGAAUGCCCUGGAAGACGCGCCUCAACACCAUCAGGAACAGUUUCCUGGGCUCGCCGCGCUUUCAUCGCAGGAAAUUGCAAGUUCCCACGCAAGAGGAAAUGUCCAGCCUGACGCCAGAGUCUUCCCCAGAGCUCGCCAAAAAAUCUUGGUUCGGUAACUUCAUCAACCUUGAGAAAGAAGAGCAGAUCUUCGUGGUCAUAAGGGACAAACCGCUGAGCUCAAUAAAGGCCGACAUCGUCCACGCCUUUCUCUCGAUACCCAGCCUCAGUCACAGCGUCAUCUCGCAGACGAGUUUUCGGGCCGAGUACAAAUCUACGACCGGUCCCACCGUCUUCCAGAAGCCUGUUAAAUUCCAGGUGGACAUCACUUACACCGAGAGCAUGGCGGCCACCAAGGAAAACGGCAUUUAUUCAGUCACCUUCACUUUGCUCUCAGGUCCAAGCCGGCGUUUUAAGCGGGUGGUGGAGACUAUUCAGGGACAGUUGUUAAGCACACACGACCAGCCGGGUGUCCAGCAGCUGUCUGGUUUUAUCCAGAAAUCGUAUUAAAACUCCGCCCCCCACUCCUACUUCACAUCCCGUGAUGGGCAUUUAUUCACCGAGGGCACUUUUCAUGACGAACUUGCAGGUUACCGUGGAGACGGACCUUCAUCUUUUGUCACACUCUUUCAUUUCCACGUUCCGACACCUUGACUCUCAACGAGGAUUACCGUACAAACACACACGCUUGUUCCCGUUCAAUCCUAUACCAUUAACUGUUCACACUUACACAAACACACGGGCUCUGUUUUAAAACCUAGUAUGCUGUCUACAGAGGAGGAGCAUAGCAGUAUAGGCGUCUCACUAAAGUAGGACAUUUCUGGUUAUUCUGCUGAAUAAGAUGUUUGCUUUGCAAAAAAACAAUCCCAUAAUGCACUGCAAAAUGUUUUUUAGAAAAAUUCCUCCAAGAGUAAUAUUAAUAAAAGUUUGUGUCCGAAAAGAGCCCCCAUUCCUUCAUUCAGUAUUCAACAAGUUUUCGUUAUUCAUUAUUGCGGUGCAUUGUGGGAUUGAAUAAGUGCACUCGAUAAUGUUCACUAUAAUUUCAGCAACAUGAUCUCACAAAUUACGUGAAAUAGUCGAAAAAUAUUUAGCUCAUAUUUACGUGUCAUUGUCACAUAUUUCCGCCAUUUUAGGUGUCCGUGCCAUGACUUUCUUUUCGUCUCAGUUUCACAUAUUGGUUACUCAACUGUUUUUCCUAUUUUGAAACCAUUGUCGCUUUGGUUUGGGGUUAGAUUUUCUGUUUGCGCUAGGAUGUCACUUUAACUAUUUUUUUGUAUGCAUUUUAAACCAUUGUCGCCUGAUGUUAGGAUUAGAGUUGGGUUUGGGUACAGUGCAAAAAAUUAUUUUCAAAAAAUAAAAUUCUUGUCUUGUUUUCAGUAAAAAUCAAGAUGCUUUUUCUUUAUGAGCAAAACAAGAAAAUAAGUCUAGUUUUAAGACCAAAAAUAUCAAGUUUAAGUGAUUUUAUGCAGAAAUCAAAUAAGCAAAAAAAAAAGGGGGGCAAAUGGGGUAAGCAAAAAAUCUUGAAAAAUUUUCUUGAACACUAAAUUCCAGAAAAAUGUAAGAAAAAUUUGCUUACCCCAUUAGCAGAUUUUUUGCUUGUUUUAUGCACAAAAUCACUUAAAUUUGAUAUUUUUGGUCUAAAAACUAGACUCAUUUUCUUGGGUCGUUUUGCUCAUCAAGAAAAAGCAUCUUAAUUUAAUAAUUUUUUGAUAUUUUUGCUGAAAACAAGACAAAAAUACUAAAAAAAUUUUUUCUUGAAAAUAAUUUUUUGCAGUGUAAGGAUGUCAUUUUAUGUAACAUAACAUCGUUCUAACUCAAAACUGAAGCGACAAUAGUAAGAAAACAGGAAACACGAAAAGAAAGUCAUGGCACGGACACGUAAAAUGGUGUAAAUACAUGACAAUGACAUGGAAAAUGAGCUAAAUAUUUCGUGACUAUUUCACAUAAUUUGUGAGAUCGGGUUGAAUUUCAGACACCACACUGCAAAAAAUUAUUUUCAAGAAAUAAAUUCUUAGUAUUUUUGUCUUGUUUUCAGUAAAAAUAUCUUAAAAUUCUUAAAUGAAGAUGCUUUUUCUUGAUGAGCAAAACGACCCAGGAAAAUAAGUCUAGUUUUUAAACCAAAAAUAUUAAAUUUAAGUGAUUUUGUGCAUAAAACAAGCAGAAAAAUCUGCCAAUGCGGUAAGCUAAUUUUUCUUGAAUUUUUCUUGAAUUUAGUGUUUAAGAAAAAUUUUCAAGAUUUUUUGCUUACCCCAUUGGCAGAUUUUUCAAAAAUUUGAUAUUUUUGGUCCAAAAACUAGACUCAUUUUCUUAAGAAAAAGCAUCUUAAUUUAAGAAUUUUUAGAGAUUUUUACUGAAAACAAGACUAAGAUUUUUUUUCUAAAAAAUAAUUUUUUGCAAUGCACUACAAAAUGGCCGUCUCCUCAAACACUGCACAUUUUUUAAGGGUUUAAUGAGCUAUUUCGGACACAGCCUGUCUUGGUGUUAGCUUACAUCAUGCUAAUGCCAAACUCCAUUGACGUCAAUGGCUAUGAACGGCAUUCCAGAUUUUAGUAGGAUGUUGUUUUAAAAAGCAGCUGUUUAUGUAGACGUCUCACUAGGUUUUGAAACCAAGCACAAUAUCAGAUCUACUGUAAGCACACAAAACUCUUGGAUGUUUGCACUUAACUCAAUAAAGAGCGCUGAAGGAAAAAAGACAAACUGAAACUUGGAAAGCUUGACCGGAGGAGAUGUGAAACUUCAUGGAUUGUAUGGAUUUGUGUGCAUUUAUUUAUUUAUGACUUUUCGAAUGAUGAACUCAUUGCUGCAAAAGGACCGAACUUCGGGAAGCAUUCGGGAUUCGGACAAAGGGUCGGGUGGGUUAGAAUCAAAUUAAUAUAACGAAUUAAUCUCUUGUACAAAUUGAACAUACUUCUGUAUAAAUGCAAUGUCCUGUAGACGUGACACUAGGUUUAGUUUUGUUGUAGAUUUGGAUUUCUAACCUUGUGUUGCCAGUCUUUAUUAUUUCCCCCCAUGUACCCAACUGACAAAUCCAGCUAAAACCAGCAAAAAACAUUUUAUUCUCCCAGCCUGGUUUUAGCUGGUUUGUGGUGUAGCAGGCUAAUUUUAGAGGAGUUUUGGCUACAUUUUAGCUAGUCUUAGCUGGAAGACCAGCUAACCCACCAGCUUAAACCAGCUGGUCCUUUCAGCCUGGCAAAGCUGGUUAAGCUGGUCUUCCAUCCUGGUCAAGCUGGUGAGUCAGCUGGUUUUUGUUGGUGGGUCAGCUGAAGAUGUUGCCAAAACCCCUAUAUUUUGGUCUGGUUAACCAGCUAAAACCAAGCUGGGAGACUAGCUAAAACUAGCCAAUCAGCUUAGACUGGUUUUAGCUGGUCUUUUCAGUAGAGUAUUUCUCUGUUUAUUACGUUAUCGAACGAUUUGUUCCUGUUCAUAUAG